CACAGUCAGUGAGGGUCUCAGCUAAGACUCGGGGAGUCACCAAGGCUCUCUUCUCUCUCUCUCUCCUUCCCAGGCCCAAGAGGGAUGUGAAGCCCCAAAAUGACCCUGUUACCGGGAGACAACUCGGACUACGACUACAGCGCCCUGAGCUGUGCCUCAGAUGCCUCCCUCCACCCAACUGUCUUCCCACAGCGCCAGGCCAUCAAGGGAGUCUUCUACCGCAGGGCCCAGCGCUUGCGGCCGCAGGACGACCUGCACCAGAGCAGCUCCCUUGGGGACCGCAGGCGACAGAUCAUCAUUAACGUGGGUGGCAUCAAGUACUCGCUACCUUGGACCACGCUAGAUGAGUUCCCACUGACACGGCUGGGCCAGCUCAAGGCCUGCACCAACUUUGAUGACAUCCUGAGCGUGUGUGAUGACUAUGACGUAACCUGCAACGAGUUCUUCUUCGAUCGCAACCCGGGGGCCUUUGGCACCAUCCUCACCUUCCUGCGGGCCGGCAAGCUGCGCCUGCUGCGGGAGAUGUGCGCCUUGUCUUUCCAGGAGGAGCUUCUGUACUGGGGCAUCGCUGAGGACCACCUGGAUGGCUGCUGCAAGCGCAGAUACCUGCAGAAAAUUGAGGAGUUUGCCGAGAUGAUGGAGCGGGAGGAUGAGGAGGAGCCGCCGGACAGUGAGGACCAAGACAGCGAGGGUCCAUCCACCAGUGAGGGCCGACUGAGCCGCUGCAUGAGGAGGCUGCGAGACAUGGUAGAGAGGCCACACUCAGGGCUGCCUGGCAAGGUGUUUGCCUGCCUGUCCGUUCUGUUUGUCACCGUCACUGCCGUCAACCUGUCUGUCAGCACCCUGCCCAGCCUGCGGGAGGAAGAGGAACAGGGCCAGUGUUCCCAGAUGUGUCACAAUGUCUUCAUCGUGGAAUCGGUGUGCGUGGGCUGGUUCUCCCUUGAGUUCCUGCUGCGGUUCAUCCAGGCACCCAGCAAGUUCACCUUCCUGCGGAGUCCACUGACCCUCAUCGACCUGGUGGCCAUCCUGCCAUACUACGUCACGCUGCUGGUGGACGGCGCUGCCUCCAGCCGACGCAAGCCAAGCACCGGAAAUAGCUACCUGGACAAGGUCGGGCUGGUGCUCCGCGUGCUGCGUGCGCUGCGCAUCCUCUACGUGAUGCGCCUGGCCCGACACUCGCUGGGGCUGCAGACUCUGGGCCUCACAGCCCGGCGCUGCACGCGCGAGUUUGGGCUUCUGCUGCUUUUCCUGUGCGUGGCCAUCGCCCUCUUUGCCCCACUGCUCUACGUCAUCGAGAAUGAGAUGGCAGAUAGCCCCGAAUUCACCAGCAUCCCUGCCUGCUACUGGUGGGCUGUCAUCACCAUGACAACCGUGGGCUACGGAGACAUGGUACCCAGGAGCACGCCUGGCCAGGUGGUGGCUCUGAGCAGCAUCCUCAGCGGGAUCUUGCUCAUGGCCUUCCCUGUCACCUCCAUCUUCCACACUUUCUCCCGCUCUUACCUGGAGCUCAAGCAGGAGCAAGAAAGAGUGUUGAUCCGCAGGGCCCAGUACCUCAUCAAAACCAAGUCGCAGCUCAGUGGCAUGUCCCAGGACAGUGACAUCUUGUUUGGAAGUGCCUCUUCAGACACUAGGGACAACAACUGAGGCAAGAGGACACCCCUGCCCUGCCUGCCAGCUGCGGCUUCAUACAACCACCGUCACCGCUGACGCCUGGAAAAGGAUUUAGCGCUUUCAAAUCCAGCCCUGCCUUGGGCUGACGUGAGUGAGCCACACCACAGAAAGCAUAUGUGCCACAUCACGGAGAAUCCCUGCCCUCCCUCUAAGUAAAAAGGAAGCUAGCUGGGGCCGGUACCUCACCCAGCCCGGCCUCACGUCUGUUUCCCUUCCUAGGAAGCUGACUGGACCCUUUCACCAUAUAAAGAGCAUACCCAGAAAACCACAUACACGGGACUGCCUGGAGAAAAACAGCAGGCAGCCACAUGUGACCUUAGGGUGUGUUCACAGAAAAAAGCCUGGCCCUGGGACUCUCAGGAAAGGAGCUGUGUCUCUGAGGGAAGCCAGCUUUGUGGUAACCAGGAGUGAAAGGACCACGUUGCUGGCAUCUCUGGGCUGGUGGGACACUGGCAGGAUGGGAGAGCAGUGAGCAGACCCUUAAGAGAGCCCACCACGGAUGCUGUGUCCAGACUGCUGCUGCUUCUGACUCUGAGCCUGUCCCCCAUCCUUCUCACCUUCCUGUGUCCUCUUUCACUCCUUGAUGGCCCUCUUUUCAGACUCCCUUCAUCCCAGUUUUGGCGG